AUGGGUCACGGAGGAUCAGAGAGUGAAGAUAAUGCUUCCGACAGUGAUGGGCCUGACAUUGACGAAAUGGAUUUGGCUCUGAUGUCUUCCAUGGAGAAGGAAGAGUUUCUGUAUCAGUCGGCCAUGGCACGUAUCCAGCGAGCUCGGGAGAGGGGGUUGACAGAUGUCAAUCUCUCCAAGCUUGAGCUUGAUGCAUUGGAAAGGAGGAGGGAACGCGAAGCAGAGGAGGCUGAGAGACGGGCACGCAGGAAGAGAAGGGAUCAGCGUGUUGCUAUUCCUUUGACUCAACUGGAUCCCGUCUCGAAGAAGAGAUCCGGGAGCAAAUCACAACUGUCAUCGCGACAUCAAUCUGCGACCGACUUAACAGAUGCUGGAGAACUCCGAGCCCUCCCUCCUGUCGGCCACUUUCCUCCGCCUGCAAACUCGCGAGCACGACCGCGGUCGGGCACGGCCAGCUCUCAACGGCCGCUUACUAUAGGCUACGAUGACCAGUAUGAGCAUUCAGAACUCCCAAGUUCGAGACAGGCCUCUGAUUCGUUAUCACGAUCUCGCUCCUCGAAAUAUUAUGAUGACGGCGCUGCGUCAUCCUCGUCAGGUAGUCGAACGCUUGAUCCGUUUAAGUUUCAGACAGCGGGUCCGCGUGCGUCGCGUUCGUCUGGCGCUGCGGCCGCCUCGAAACGACACACGAUGCCGCCGGAAUCUCCGUACAGGACGAGAUCUGGUAGGGCCAGAGGCGCCGUUAAAAGGACACCUAGCUCAGACGACACCAGCGAGGAAGGAAAUGCCGCAAGUGACGAAAGCACCGACGAUUAUGACAGUGGAGCGCGAGUUAAACAAUCUCCUCCAGCUCGUCAGGAAGCGAUUGUAGUGGAAGAUUCACCCGAGCCUGAACCUGCCAAGAAGAAGAGCCCAUCUCCAACCAAGCGAAAACCAGUUGCCAGCAGAGUGCGGAGGGGUAAGAAGAAAUGA